UUUCCCCCCGAACCCUGAACUUUUCCUUCAGCUCAGGGAAGUUUACUUCAGGCUCGGUAAAGUUUACUUCGAAGUUGCCUGGGCUCGUGUCCUUUAGGUCGGUGAAGUGUCCUCAGCUCGUGUCCUCAUCUCGUGUCCUCGCUGUGUCCCCGGUGUCUCCUUGUGUGCUGGAGGCUUGUUGUCCUGACGCCUCAGAGGAUGUGACCGAACCGUGACUCAAGGACCAUGCAGAGCCUUCACGCCUGCUGACGUCAGAGCCGUUCCUCUCGUGCAGCAGUGAACCCGCAGCCGGAGACAAUGUGGCGGAAGCUCUCGGGACAUGUGGCGGCGCUGGGUGAGGUGUUCGACGGCAGGAGUCGGUGGAGGUCCGCGGCGGUGGCCCUGGUCCUCCUGACCCUGCUGGCCGCGUCCUGCCGGGCGGAGGAAGCCUCCUGCCACGGAGCCUACGACCUGUACUUCGUCCUGGACAAGUCUGGAAGCGUCUCCGCCGACUGGAUCGAGAUCUACUCGUUUGUGAAGAACCUCACCGACAGAUUUGUGAGCCCCAGUAUGAGAGUCUCCUUCAUCGUCUUCUCAGCCAGAGCGACCGUCCUGCUGCCGCUGACCGGAGACAGGACGGAGAUCGAACACGGUCUGGAGCGGCUGCGGGCCGUGAAACCAGCCGGUGAAACGUACAUGCACGAGGGAAUCAAAGAGGCCUCGGAGCAGAUUCAGAAACAGUCCAAAAAGUCCUCCAGCAUCAUCUUGGCUCUGACCGACGGGAAACUUGAUGUUUACGUCAACGAGCUCACAGUGAAAGAGGCGGACGAGGCGAGGAAGUACGGCGCCCGUGUUUACUGCGUGGGCAUCAAGGACUUUGACGAGCAGCAGCUCGCCGAUAUCGCCGACACCAAGGACCAAGUGUUUCCUGUCAAAGAUGGCUUCCACGCUCUCAAAGGCAUCGUCAACUCGAUACUGAAGCAGUCGUGCACGGAGAUCCUGAGCGUGGAGCCGUCCAGCGUCUGCGUGAACGAGUCCUUCGACAUCGUCCUCAGAGGAAACGGCUUCAAACUCGGCCGCAGCAGCGAAGGCGUCGUCUGCAGCUUCAUAGUCGGAGAGCAAACCUUCAAUCAUAAGCCGAGUGCAGUGCGGAACGAUUACCUGCUGUGUCCUGCACCGAAGCUCUAUGACGUCGGACAGACCAUGGACGUUCUGAUCAGCCUGAACGACGGCAAAUCCUUCAUCUCCAGCUCCUACAAAAUCACAGCUUCCACGUGUUCGGACGGCUUUGUGGUGGCGAUCGUCUUCCUGGUUCUGCUGGUCCUCGUGGCUCUGGCCCUCAUGUGGUGGUUCUUUCCCCUGUGCUGCACACUGGUCAUCAAAGACCCGCCGCCGCCUCCCCCACCUUCCCGUCCUCCACCACCUGAGCCGGAGCCGCUGCCCAAGUCGAAGUGGCCGACUGUGGACGCCUCCUACUACGGAGGAAGAGGAGCUGGAGGAAUCAAACGCAUGGAGGUGCGUUGGGGGGAGAAGGGCUCGACGGAGGAGGGGGCCCGGCUGGAGAAGGCCAAGAACGCCAUCGUGUCUUUACCGGAGGACGAAGAGGAGCCAGUGGUGAAACGUCCCCCCCCGAAGCCGGCUCCCACCUUACACGCAGAGAAUAAAUGGUACACUCCCGUCAAGGGUCGUCUCGAUGCUUUGUGGGCGUUGUUGAGGCGGCAGUACGACCGCGUGUCCCUCAUGCGUCCCAGCUCCUCAGAGAAGGGUCGCUGUAUUAAUUUCAACCGAGUUCAGCAUCAGUAGAAAACGACUGAGAAGCAACUCGUCUGGUUUCUGUCCACGAGAAGAAGAAGUUUCAGGUUCUUUAUUUUUAUUGUUUUCAUUUUGUAAUUUUUAUUUUUUAAUAAUAUAUAAUCCUGCAGCUAGAACCACUUCCUGUUUCCCCCGCUUCACUUUGUGCACAAAGUUUCUGCUUCUCCGCUCGAAGCUCACACACCGGCUCAAAUGUUCAUUUUGUUAUUCCUUAAGUUAUUUACAACCUUUUCUUUAAACACACGCAAACUUAAAAAAAUAAUGUUGUAAUUUAUUUUAAUAAGGAUGAGCAGGGCGCCCGAGAAGCCGGCGCUCGGCCUCCGUUAGUUUCUCAUCUGCACCGAAGGCUUCUCAUGUUCUGACCAUAUUGAGCCUUCUGUGGAAAACCACAUUUCACGGGCACAGACGGAAGCUAUCUAACCAAAAUAAAUAAAUAAUGAAACCACGGAGGGAAGGGGCUCUCUGCCGUCGGCCAGGAAGAGGGGCUAAUCCCAGUGGGGCCUCACCAGUGCAGAAGUCCACUGCCUCUUGGCAAAUGUCUCCUCGCGACUCCCGUCCAACUCCAGUGGGCUCGGUGCCCGGCGGCCGGCCUCUUGUCAUUUUAACACUGAGAAGUGCACACGCAUGACAAACUGGAGACAGGACGCCCCCAGGUACUGGAAGGCAUCAAGACUUCGCCCUGUAGUUCAGUCUUUUUUUUUGAAGACACCUUCCUUUCAUUAUGCACUCGGGACAAGGAAAUUAAUAGAGCGUUAUUCGACCGCGGGACAGCCUCCUCGCCACCACGAGCCCCGGUUUGAGGGAUUGAUGCCUUGAAGACCUUGACAUGGCGCUUGGUGUUUUCCAGCUCAGUCUGCUCUCUGCUCAGAGAGGCGUAGCACAUCACCGCCCAUAAACAGGCCCAUCACUUAGGACCUCCACGAUAUAGACACAGCCGCCGCCACAGCCGCCGCCACCGCCGCCCGGCCCCGGCGUCUCAAUCCCUCCGAGGGCCCGGGCCGCGUCACAACCCGGUGCUUCUCUCGGCACCGCGAUAUCAAAGUUUAAUUAAAAUAAUUAAAGGCAACAGCGAGCAGCCGCCUGUGAAGCCUCUCUUUUUAUGCCUUUUGACAUUGGAUGACCUAAUACCGCGAGGUUCUCAGGAGAAAGAGGACACGGCGCCGCGGUGACGCCGCGCCUCCUCCGCAACACAAACCAAAAGCAACGGAUGCGAUGGACGGAUAAGUAUUGUUCAUUUCCAGAAAUUAUGUUAACCCACCCCCCCGCCUCCACCCACCCCAAAAAGCAGGAGAUAUAUACUUAUAUAUAUUGUGGAUUUCUCAAGCGCGCUGUCAUGACGCCAAUCCCAGAGGAUGUCAGUGUGUGGGGGGAGGAACGGGGGGGUGGCAGCAGCUGAAGAAAAAGGCUCGAAUGAUCCAGUCACUUCGGAUUCCGGACUUCAGACGCAAAAUGGAUAUUCGAGUCGAAACCUGACAAAGCGCGGCGGCUUUGACGGGAAGCGGUAUAGACAAUGACCAGUGGCUGGGUCAGUGGGAUGUCUCCGUGCAGGCAGGGAAGCUUAUCACAUGACACUAAAAAUAAGUUCAACAACCAUCAAGUUUCAGGGGGAAUGGGCGAGCGGCUGGCGGUCGGCGGGCGAGGCCGGGCGCCGCGCCGCACGCCGCUCUAAUUAUUCCUUUGUUUCCUCCUCGUCCCGAUCGGAGGGACGUAAAUAAACCAGAAUCAAAUCCAGGGGGGGGGUGUGCACUGGUAUUUAUGUCCCACUUCAACAGUUUUAGCUUCUUGCAUAAUUUUUUUCGUCAGCGUUUUUCCGCACGAGGAUGUUUUUGUCGUCUUUGUUACACAACAGGAGCACGAGGAGGUUUUUAACCCGGACUAAUGAGAUAUUUACACAACCGUCACAACACACGUCACAUGUCCCCCAUGUGUCCUCACACACACACAAACACACACCUCACAGGAUUUAAAAUUGUCGAACCCUUUUUUUAUUGUACAUAAAAUAAAUAUUUUUGUUGUAAAUUAAUGUUUUUGAAGAAAAUAUGUAUUUUUCUGUUUAUGCUUUCUUUAUAAAUAAAGUAAUUUUAAGAUAAGUUUACUUUCAUUUUUAAAUAUUUUAACUUUUCAAAUUUUAAAUUCAGCUCUGGGUCGAAAACAAGUUGUUGUUGUGUCUUUAUUUUAUUUUUUGUCCACAUUUCAAAACAGAUUGUAGCUUGAAUGUCGUUCGCCUGUUUCAGUUUCUGCUCAUCGACUGUAAAUUAUCAUUUCAUUGUGUUUAAGAUUGUGUGUUUUUUAUAUUCUCAUAUUCACGAAGCACCUUUGAUUCCAGGUUCAACUCACACGAGCACAAACGUGUGUGAGUUGAAACCAACAAAAAAAAAAAUGCCUUUUUUGUAUUGUCGAGUUUUACACUGUUUUUAUUUUCAGUCGAAUAAACCCUGUUGUGUUAAAUACACAUUGUAGGAGAAAGCGA